AUGGAAAACUUUAAAGAAUUAUUAAUUGGAUAAGCUUAAUUUGGAGAAACAAUUUCUAGAUGUCUGUAUAUAUUGGACACUAAUAAAAAUAAAAGAGAUAUUUCUUAUGUAAAAAGUUUAUAAAAUCUUGUCGACAAUUAAUACUAAAAAAAUGUAUUGUUUAAAUAAGGAUCCCCUAAUAAUUUAAAAAUGAUGACUUAAAUUAUUCAAUUAUUAGCCAAAAUUAGCAAAACAUUCCCUUUAUUCUAAAAUGAAGUAACAUAAGAAGUUUAAUUUGAUACAAAUACAAAUUAAACAAUGGCAGAAAAAUUAGACUGGAUAAUGUUAAUUCUAUUUUAAUUUAUAGACUUAUUAUUAAAUGAAAAGAUUGGGGAAGAAACAUGUUUUGGAAUUAUAUAAAAAAACGAAAAAAAUAUUAUAAACGAAAAUGAUUUAUUUUAAAUUUUCAUAAGAAGUUUUCUAGCCCGUGCAAAAUACGUAGACUAGGAAAAUAUGAUUGAUGAUAUAAAUUAUAAAAAUAACCAUAAUUAAGGAAGAAAAUAUGAUCAAUCGUAAAUAAAUACACCUUUAACAUAAGAUGAUGAUAAUAAUUAAUAAGGUAUGCAUGAAGGCUUACUUUGUCAAGCACAUGAAUAUUUUUUUGGAAUAGGAACUCCUUAGUAAAUUCGAAAAGGUUUAGAUUUAUAUAAUUUAGAAGCUAAUAAAGAUAAUGUAAAAGCUUUAAAUACUUUAGGGUAAAUAUAUUUUGAAGGAAAAAUAGUACCUUAAGAUUUAAAAAGAUCAUAUUAAUAUUAUUUCAAAUCUUCAGAAAAAGGAGAUCCAGAAGGAAUGUAUAGAAUCGGAUAAUAUUAUGAAAAAGGACUAAUAAAAGAAUUAAAACUAGAGUAACUAAAUGAUAAUAGAAAUGAUAUAGAAAAAUCUAUAGAAUAUUAUAAAUAAGCAGCUGAAAAAAUGCAUUAUGAUGCAAUUGCUGAUUUAGGUUAUAUUUAUGAAAACGGAUAAAAAGAUAAAGAAGGAAAUAUUUUAGUUUAAUAAAAUAUUGAAUAAGCCGAAAAAAUAUACAAAAAAGCAUAAGAAUUGGAAAAUUGUCCUAGAAUUUGUAAUAAUUUAGGAACUUUAUUUUUCAAAAAACUAGAUAGAGAUUAAGCUUUAAAGUAUUUCUAAUAAGCUGAUUAAAAUCAUAAUUCUUAGGGGUCUUUAAAUUUGGGUAUUUGUUAUUUAAAAGGAUAUGGAAUCAAAAAGGAUAUUGAAAAAGGUAUGGAUUAUUUGAAAAAAGCGGCUAAGAAAGGAAAUAAUGAGGCAAAAUUAUAAUUUUGUUAUUAUUUAUUAUAAUAAGCAAGUGAAGUGGAUAAUGAAAACGAAUACUUUUAAGCAGCUAAUUAUUUAAGAGAAAUACUUUCCAAUGAUAAUAAUAAUUCCGAAGCCUUAUUUUAUUUAGGAUUUUUACAUGAAUUGGGAUUAGGAGUUGUUUAAGAUUAUAAAACAGCAAUUAAAUUUUAUUUUAUAUCAGGAUAAUAAGAAAAUGACAAAUCUUUAAAUAAAAUAGGAGAUAUAUAUUAUUCAGGUGUUGGAUUAUAAAAAGAUUAUAGAAAAGCUAUUGAAUUUUAUAAUAAAUCUGCUUCAUAUGGAAAUACAGAUGCUUUAGUAAAUCUUGGUGCUAUAUAUGAGGAAGGAUGUGAAAAUAUUGUAUAGUAAGACUUUGUUAAAGCAUAUGAAUUUUACAACAAAGCUGCUAAACUUGGAAGUGCUGAAGCAUGGACUAAUAUUGGUUUAAUGAUCGAAAUGGGAAGAAUCUAAGAUAAGUAAGCAAAUGAUGCCUAUUAAGCAUAUUUGACUGCUAGUUAAAAGGGAGAUUUGAAUUCUUUGGAUAUUUUAAAAGAUAAAGUUUUAGCUUUGUAAAGUGAUUAUAUUUAUUUGGGAUAUGCUACAAUGUAAGAUGGUUUAUCACCUAGCAUAUCUUUAUGA